AUGAACGGAAGUGAGAGCGGAUAUGAAACUUCAGGAGGAGAAGUCUUGGAACCCAUCAACAGAAGAAAAGAAAGACAAGAGNAAGGAAGGACAGGAAGAAGGAAGGACAGGAAGGACAGGAAGGAGAGGAAGGACAGGAAGGAAAGGAAGGACAGGAAGGACAGGAAGAACAGAAAGGACAGAAAGGACAGGAAGGAGAGGAAGGAGAGGAAGUACAGGAAGAACAGAAAGGACAGGAAGAACAGGAAGGACAGGAAGGAGAGGAAGGAGAGAAAGUACAGGAAGGACAGGAAGAAGGAAGGGAACCUGUUUUCCUACAUUGAUCGGUAUGACACGCAAAAUAUAGAGAUGGAAACUAAAUUUAUUCCGUUCAUUCCGGAAUAUAUUCCUUCCGUUGGAGAUACAGACCCAUUUAUCAAGGUUUUAAUGCCAGAUAAUGCUGAUGAUAAGAUAGGUCUCAAGCUGGUUGAUGAACCGUCUUCCAAUCAAUCUGAACCUGCCAUUCUCCAACUACAACUCAGGUCUGUCACAAAACAGAACAUCUUCAAAGCUACUACGGUAAAGCGUGUUGAAGGCGGGGGCUGGGGAGGUGAGAAAGCCGGUUCCUGGGGAAAGCAGGUAGACAAGUGGAUCAGAGAUAUCUGGGAGCUGCACCGGACCCAGCCUGCUCCUACUGUACAGUACACCUCAGUCAUGCCAGACAUUGAUUCUUUGAUGCAGGAAUGGCCAGCAGAUGUUGAGACAUUACUGGAGGAGUUGGUUCUUCCUGAUGCUAACCUGAGCAUAAAGCUGGAGAGAUUUGUGGAUACAAUCUGUUCUAUUCUAGAUAUACCAUUGUACAAAUCUCGCCUACAAUCUCUUCAUCUACUCUUCUCUCUUUAUCAAGCCUUCCAACAUGCCCAUCUCUACAAUCCUAACAUGCAACAAGACCCUUAUAAACCAAUAUCUAGAGUUUAAAUAUAAAACCUCCAACAUGCCCAUCUCUACAAUCCUAACAUGCAACAAGACCCUUAUAAACCAAUUUCUCAUAAUUCCCAUGAAUAUUUGUAAAAAUAACAUCCAACCGUUGUCUUGAAUUCGUGCUUUAGCAAAACCACGUAAACCAAGAAGUGAGAAGUUAGAACUUUGAAACUUUAUUCUUUAUUCUCAAAUUUCACAGAAAAGCAAACACGUGGCUAAAACAUAGUAGUAAACUUGUAUUUUAAAUAUAAUAUGAAUAACAAUAUCAUAAUAUAAUAAUAAAAUCCAUCACUGUUUUUUU